AUGUGGGACUAUUUGAAGGGGCGAUAUGUUCAGAACAGUGGUGCUCUUCUCCUUACUCUCAUGCAAGGCCUUCAUGAGCUUCAGCGGAAUGAGAUGUCCAUAGAAGAAUACUACACCGCUUUUGAUCGUGUUAUGGGACCUUUUCUCUCCAUGGUUCCAAAGUCUCGUGGUCGUGGCGCAGGUUCCACUCCUAAAGGCUCUGUGUCUGUUGCUGCCGCUUCACCUGUUAGCGCUCCGUCGUCAUCUUGGGUGCUUGAUUCAGAAGCCUCUUUUCAUGUGACAUCUGACCAGUCUCAGCUUGUUGCUUUCAAGCCAAUUGCUGAUGGUGCCUCUAUUCAGACAGCAGAUGGAUCGUCGCACCGGGAUUGUACAUGGGACUGGCCAUCGCCGUAG